UGAACCUCGACUUUGUAUGAUAGUGACCUUCUUCAGGCUCCUUGCGUUGUUCUGCUCAGAUUGCUAGAGCCAGGACUAUCUUGCAUCUGCAUACAACACUCCAAAUGACAUCCCAGGCCGAAGACAAGCGUAAAUUGGCUAUUCCAGUGACCUGCGUGACUGGCUUUCUAGGCGCCGGCAAGACCACCACAAUCCUUGGCAUACUGAAGCAGCUUCCGAAGGACUUUAAGGUAGUCUUGCUUAAAAACGAAUAUGGAGACGUCGAAGUCGACUCGCUGCUCGCGAAUCAGUCGCAGAUCACGGGAGUAUCGGAGAUUCUGAACGGCUGCAUGUGCUGUACAAUGGUUGGAUUGGUGGAGAAUGCCCUAAUGGAGAUCAAAGAUCGGUUCCGCCCCGAUAGGAUCAUCAUCGAAUCAAGUGGCUCUGCAUUUCCGGCCACACUAGCGCUCCAGAUCCGUCAACUUGAACCGCAAGGAUUCACACUCGAUGGAGUCAUUACAGUGAUAGAUUGUGUGAAUUUCAGAGGAUACGAGGAUACAUCACCGACAGCAAAGCUGCAGGCAAAAUACACCGACUUGCUCCUCCUCUCAAAACACCAACUGGUGUCCGAGCGAGAUUUGGAUAUUCUGAUGGAUCAUCUAGGAGCUCUCAACGAUACGACGCCGCGAAUUAAAGUCUCUCCUGAACGACCUGCGCCUCUCUCAGUGGUCUUCGGCCUCGAUACGAGUGUCUUCGAUAAAGAGAAAGCCGAAGCUGCCGAUUGGAAAGCCCUAGGAGCAGGUCAUGGACAGUGGCACGGAGAUGAGGUGGAAGUCAGAUCAAUAUGGAGAGGAGGGAGCAAGCCUGAUAGCACUAAACGCAAGAGGAGCGACGGGCUUGGAAGUGGUCACGUUCAUGUCAAUGGGGAAACGUGCAGUUGCGAACAUGACGAAGAUCACGAGGAGGGGAAAGAAGGGGACUUCGUGCCUAUCCUCCAGGCGACGCUGGAGGAUGCUCUCGAAAAGUUGAGUUUUGAGAUCUAUCGAGUGAAGGGCAUCGUUCGCCUCGCCGGAUCUCCACAUCCUAAAGCAUGGCGCACAUGUAUCCUGAAUUACGCUUUUGGUAGAUAUGAGCUCACGUACUUCCCAUCACUGGAUGAGGACGCAGGUCUUGAUGGAGUCUCACUGAGGUUGACGGUCAUGGGCGAGCGAGGCGAAGUGGCAUCUAGAGCGAAAAAAUUGGCCAUAGCUCUCGACGCGCAGUACGCUUGAGGUAUCUCCCCGACUCGUCGAUGUAUAUUGUCACCUUGUCAUAGACA